AUGGCGAGCGCAUCAGAUUCGGAUGAACAACUUCCAUUCAGCUGGGAUAAAAUAUGCAAAAUUAUAGAAUCAGGUGAAUUAGGUCGACUCAUGCGGUACCCAGAUGAUACUGUUCGUUAUUCAGCAUGGUGCGACAAUAUCAUCACUCUAUAUAGUGGUAUGGAAAAAUAUCUUUUAGAACAACGUCUUGGCUGGCAUUUACCAAUUAAACCACUAAGUUCGAUUCUAUUCGAAAAUUCUGAUGAUUAUCAAAUAUUGUUAAAUGAUUUUCCCUACGCUUUUGAUGAAAACAUAAUCCAUUUUGUUCUUUGGACUAAAGUCCCGUUUGGUCAGGAUAAAAAUGGUUAUUUGGAUGAGUCAACCGCCAAAUUGAUUCAAGAAUUUAUUAACAAAAAAUUUGUGACUCAUUUUGGUCAAGAAAAUGUUCGAUGGUUUAAAAAUUAUAAUUCAGCUUCGAGUAUACCAACAAUUUCACAUUUUCAUAUUCUGAUUUACGAUCGAAAUCGACAAUAUUCAUCAUUGAAAGAUGAUAUUUUAACGAAAAUUAAUUUUUAG